UAAAACCGAAGAAAUAGGCGUGACAACUAAUUGAAAAACAAAAACAAAAACGGCUAAUCUGUACUACAUUUGGUAUUUAAAUAAAAAUUAAAAAUUGAAUCAACUGUUAUUAUCAUUGCAACUAAAGAAGAAAAAGCUAACAACAACAGUUACAAUAUUAUGAUGAUGAUGAUAUCUGCGCUGAAAAUUGCAGCUCCCUCCCUCCCGCACUUCCAUUCACAUGAUUCAAUUCAUUCAUAUUCCUUCCACUCUCAGAUCUGAUUCACUCUCUUUCUCUCUCAUUCAUUCAACCUUUCUCUCUCUCUCUACUCCCACCAGACGGCUGAUUAGUUCAUGGCAAAGUCGAGGCAAAAAUCGUCAAACCAGGAUUCUUCACUGUCGCCUACUGCUGCAAGAUCAAGGGAGUGGGAUGGUCCAUCUAGAUGGGCAGACUACCUUGGAACGGAUGCUGCUUCUCCACUGUCUUCUACCAGUUCCAGGAAUUUCGGUCAUGACGGGCAGUCUCAGGGCUCUACGCCGUCUCAACCCCACAAGGGUCUUAACAUGCAGUGGGUUGUGCAGCUCACUGAUGUUGCCGAGGGUCUUAUGGCUAAGAUGUAUAGGUUAAAUCAACUUUUGGAUUAUCCGGACCCCAUCAAUCAUGUAUUUUCGGAUGGGUUUUGGAAAGCUGGGGUAUUCCCCAACCAUCCUAGAAUCUGUGUUUUGCUCUCCAAGAAAUUUCCAGAACACUUCAGCAAGUUGCAACUAGAACGUAUAGAUAAGAUGGCUUGGGACUCGAUGCAAGAUCAUGCAGAACUUCAUUUACAGAGCUUGGAACCAUGGGUGCAGCUACUUCUUGACUUGAUGGUGUUCCGUGAACAAGCCCUACGACUUAUUUUGGAUCUAAGUAGUACAGUAAUUACCUUGUUGCCCCAUCAGAAUUCUCUUAUACUGCAUGCAUUUAUGGAUCUCUUCUGCUCAUUUGUACGGGUUAACCUUUUCUCCGAGAAGAUGCCAAGAAAGAUGUUGCUUCUGACCUAUAACCUUCUACAUGCAAUGUCAAGAAAUGAGCGGGAUUGUGAUUUUUAUCAUCGCUUGGUACAGUUCAUAGACUCUUAUGAUCCACCACUAAAAGGCUUACAGGAAGACCUAAAUUUUGUGAGCCCUCGUAUUGGAGAGGUAUUGGAGGCUGUAGGCCCUAUUAUAUUUCUAUCAACAGACACAAAGAAACUUAGAAAUGAAGGAUUUUUAAGUCCAUAUCAUCCUCGGUAUCCAGACAUACUCACAAAUUCUGCUCAUCCGCUGGUAAUGUUAAUUUUUGUUUUAAACAUAUUGAUAUUAACAUCAAAAAUAAAUAACUGUAAAAUACUGAGUUGCUUCUUUCACUCAACGCUGCAGAGAGCACAAGAUCUUGCAAAUGUAACCGCAUAUCGAGAAUGGGUGUUAUUUGGGUAUCUUGUCUGCCCUGAUGAGCUGCGUCGUGUCACUAGUAUUGAUAUUGCUUUGGUUGUAUUGAAGGAGAAUUUAGUCCUCACAUUAUUCAGAGAUGAGUACAUACUUUUGCAUGAGGAAUAUCAGCUGUACGUUCUACCUCGAAUAUUAGAAUCUAAGAAGAUGGCAAAAUCUGGACGCACAAAGCAGAAAGAGGCAGAUAUGGAAUAUAAUGUUGCAAAGCAGGUUGAGAAAAUGAUAAGUGAAGUGCAUGAACAAGCAUUAUUAUCUUGUGAUGCCAUACAUCGGGAAAGGAGAAUUUUGCUGAAACAAGAAAUAGGGAGAAUGGUGUUGUUUUUUACUGAUCAGCCCAGUCUAUUGGCCCCCAACAUUCAGAUGGUGUUUUCUGCCUUGGCUUUAGCACAAUGUGAAGUGAUCUGGUACUUCCAACAUGUUGGGGUUGCAUCAUCAAAAUCUAAAACUGCUCGUGUGGUGCCAGUGGACAUUGACCCAAAUGACCCAACCAUUGGGUUUCUGUUGGAUGGAAUGGACCAUUUGUGUUGCUUGGUCCGGAAAUACAUUGCAGCGAUUCGAGGUUACUCAUUGUCUUAUCUUUCAUCCAGUGCCGGAAGAAUCCGAUUUUUGCUGGGAACCCCUGGAAUGGUGGCUCUUGACAUAGAUGCUAGCUUGAAAGGACUUCUUCAGCAGAUUGUCCACCACCUUGAACACUUGCCAAAACCUCAGAGUGAAAAUAUAUCUGCUAUCACUUGUGAUCUGUCGGAUUUUCGAAAGGACUGGCUAUCAAUUUUGCUGAUGGUCACGUCUUCGCGUUCAUCUAUAAACAUUAGGCACUUGGAGAAAGCUACAGUUUCCACCGGCAAAGAAGGCUUACUAUCGGAGGGGAAUGCUGCUUACAAUUGGUCCAGAUGCGUGGAUGAAUUGGAAUCCCUACUUUCAAAGCAUGGUAGUCUUAGGAAGCUGUACUUUUACCACCAGCACCUCACAGCUGUUUUUAGAAACACUAUGUUUGGUCCAGAAGGGCGUCCUCAACAUUGCUGUGCAUGGCUUGGGAUUGCUAGUAGUUUUCCAGAGUGUGCAUCUCCCGUUGUUCCAGAAGAGGUUACAAAGUUUGGCAGGGAUGCUGUUCUCUAUGUCGAAUCUCUGAUUGAAUCUAUCAUGGGGGGAUUGGAAGGAUUAAUAAAUAUUCUUGAUUCUGAAGGAGGAUUUGGUGCCCUAGAAAAUCAGCUUCUUCCAGAGCAAGCAGCUUCAUAUCUUAAUUAUGCAUCAAGAGUGUCUAUUCCAUCAUAUAAAUCUCCAAAAGGGACUGCUGGCUUUCCUUUACCUGGACAUGAAAGCUUUCCUGAAAAUAAUAGUUCGAUCAAAAUGUUAGAAGCUGCAAUGCAAAGGUUGACCAAUUUGUGCUCAGUUUUAAAUGAUAUGGAGCCCAUAUGUGUUUUAAACCAUGUCUUUGUUCUGAGAGAGUACAUGAGAGAAUGCGUUCUUGGUAAUUUCAGAAGAAGGUUGCUUGGUGUUUUGAAAACAGAUAAUGAUCUUCAACGGCCUUCUGUUCUGGAAUCACUGAUUCGGAGACAUGUUAGCAUUGUGCAUCUUGCAGAGCAGCACAUCAGCAUGGACAUUACACAGGGUAUUCGUGAAGUUUUGCUUUUAGAAGCCUUUUCAGGACCAGUUUCUUCUCUGCAUUUGUUUGAGAAGCCAAUAGACCAACAUACAGGAUCGGCCACUGAAUCUGUGUGCAAUUGGUAUAUCGAAAAUAUAAUCAAGGAUGUAUCCGGUGCUGGGAUAUUGUUUGUUCCAAUUCAUAAAUGCUUCAGGAGUACAAGGCCUGUUGGUGGAUACUUUGCAGAAUCAGUCACAGAUCUAAGUGAGCUGCAGGCUUUUGUACGUAUUUUUGGUGGCUAUGGAGUAGACAGGCUAGAUAGAAUGCUUAAAGAGCACACUGCUGCACUUUUAAAUUGCAUCGACACCUCAUUGCGAUCAAAUCGUGAUGUGCUAGAAGCAGUUGCUUCUAGUCUUCAUGCUGGUGAUAGAAUUGAAAGAGAAGCUUCUAUGAAGCAAAUAGUUGAUCUGGAAACUGUGAUAGGUUUUUGUAUUCAAGCUGGUCUGGCCCUGGCUUUUGAUAGGCUACUAUCUGAGGCUUCUGGUGCCAUACUCGAAGAAGGCGCCCCCUUGAUAUAUUCACUGUUAACUGGGGUGGUUAAACAUCUACCUGACGGAGUACCAGAAAAGGAAGAGAUCAGGAGAAUGAGAACAGUGGCAAAUACUGCAGGUGUUGUAAGUGACCAUGAUUCCAUUUGGGUAAGAUCAAUUUUAGAGGAUGUUGGUGGUGCAAGUGAUGGUUCAUGGAGCUUGUUACCAUACUUAUUUGCAACAUUCAUGACAUCUAAUAUAUGGUCCACCACGGCAUUUAAUGUUGACACUGAGGGGUUUAGUAAUAACAUCCAUUGCUUGGCAAGAUGCAUUUCUGCAGUGAUUGCUGGAAGUGAGUUUGUUAGAUUGGAACGUGAACAUCAGCAUCGGCAGUCUUUAAACAAUGGGCAUGCCAGUGAGGAAAUGGAUCCUGAAUUAUCAAAUCAUAUGUCAGCUGAAGCAAGCAUCAAUUCCACACUGCAGUUAUUUGUGAAACUCUCUGCAGAGAUGAUACUGGAUUCUUGGAGUGAAACACAGAGAUCUCAUCUUGUAGCACAACUUAUCUUCCUAGACCAACUUUGUGAGAUUUCACCAUACCUUCCACGAAGUUCGCUGGAAACUCAUGUUCCUUAUGCCAUUCUUCGCUCAGUCUACAGUCAAUACUAUGCUGAUACUCCAUCGACUCCAUUGGCAAUACUGAACGCCUCACCGCGACAUUCACCUGCUAUAUCGUUAGCCCAUGCUUCUCCUGUCACGAGGCAUCCUCGCGGGGACUCCACAUCUCCGUAUUAUGGCAAUGAUUCAGGAUACUUUAAAGGAUCAUCAUCACAUAGCCAAGAGCACAUCUAUGAGGCUGAUAUUAGCAGCUUAAGGAACACCCGUCGUUCUGGGCCAUUGGAUUAUGGUGCAAGCCGAAAUAAGGUUAGAUCUGUUGAGGGCUCAGCUUCUGGUAGUACUGGACCCAGUCCACUUCCUAGAUUUGCAGUAUCUAGAUCUGGUCCAUUAGCAUACAAGUAGUAAGUUGUUUGAAAUACCCAAUAUGAUCCGGUAAAUUAUUCACCUCUUUCUAGUAGUGAUCAGUUGUCCGUAACAUAAAUCAUUCAUCAGGUUCCCACAAAAUUUUCGAAAUGUAUAUCACACUGAAGCCUCUCCUUUUGUAAUCCUUAGAUAGUUUAAAUCAAUGCCAUAUGAAGUCCCUGCUGAGUUAAUUAGAACCA